AAACCAAACAGAAUCGGGUGUAAAACAAAUCGGAGCAAAACAAAAACUGAAACUAUUUGCAAAUCAAAUUAAAUUGUUUCAAUAGUAAUGUGCGAACGCUUCAGCUCUCUAUGGCCGGUUUAGUGCAAAGUUGUGCUUUUUAAAACAUUUGUGGCGAUGUCUCUGGCGGCGGAAGCGAAAUUCAACCCGGAGUGGACGGUCACUUGCCGGGUGUGUCUGCAGGAGGGCACCGAGGCGCGAUCCUCGCUGUUCGAUCUGUGUCCGGAAUCGAACCUUAGCUACUGCGCCAAGGUGAUGCAGUGCACCAGCGUCCAGAUCCGGCGGCACGAUUCGCUGCCGGAGCAGAUUUGCGCGGGGUGUAUUGGGGAUUUAACGGUGGCGUACCGGUUCCGGGUGAACUGCGAGAGCUCGGACGCGAUUUUGCAGUCUUACAGGGAGGCUAGCCGGUUGGAGGAUGAGGAGGAGGAUGUGGGCGAGGAGCAGGAGGAUUCCCGGUCUUCGUCGGAGAUUCAGAUUCCGAUCGGGUCGGACGUGGUGUACAGCUACAAGCCACCGACCGGGUUGAACGUGAAGCUGGUGCCGAGGAUGUUGCUGGAGAAUAACGGGGAGAUUGUGAUGUGUGGAGCACAGGAGGAGCAGGAGCAGGAUGGCGUUCCGGAAACACCAGAACCGUUGCAGGAUGACGAUGCGGCAGAGUCGUUGAUUACGUUCGAUGACGAUGAGCUGGCGCCUUCGACGUCCCGAGCUGACGAGGAGGAAGACGAAGGGACUCAAGAGCGACCAGCGCUUAUUAGCACGGGAUUGAUGGCGGAAGAGGAGGAGGAAGAUAUCCGGCUUGCCGAUGAGGAAGACAAGGUGGACGACAGCAGUGCCAAUAUCUUCUUCAACGCGGAACUGGUGUACGUGAACAAGGACGACCUGCUGGACCAGCUGGCGCACAUCAAGAACGAGAGUGAUCCGGAAGACUGGGAGAUUAUCUACGACGAGGAUGAAGACAGCGGUGAGGACCACUCAAACACGACCAGCUACUUCCAGAAGCUACCACAGUCGAGUAUCACGGAGCGGGAGGACCAGCAACCGGUUCACCAACAGAUAGUACUGGUUCCCCCUGCCGAAACCAACCCGGAUCCACCCCCAGAUCCACCGGCCAUGACUCCGAUGAAGACGCUCCAAACCAUCCGGAAGGCGAACGUCCCGAACGAGGAAAAACCAACCAUCGAAGCCGUCACGACCCAACCCGGUCCAGACGGAUCCCUCGAGACGGUGAUCCGGGUGAAGCGCAACCUCAAGCCCCAACAGCAGCAGCACGUGUGCAAGUUGUGCAACAGUUCGUACAAGUACAAGCACGCGCUGGAGACGCACAUGCGCCGGCACCGGGGGGACAAACCGUACAAAUGUUCCGACUGCGAGAAGGCGUUCGUGGUGCCGUUUGAGCUGCGCCGGCACAUGCGAACCCACACCGGAGCCAAGCCGUACAAGUGCAAGUUUUGCGAGCGAAAGUUUUCCGAUUUUGGGAGUAAAAUUAAGCACGAGAGGACGCACACUGGGGAGAGGCCCUACGUUUGCGAGGUUUGUGACAAGAGUUUUACGUACUCGCACGUGUUGAACAGUCACAUGCUGACGCACACCGGUGUGAAGAAGUAUCCAUGUCCCGACUGCGGCAAGCGCUUCGCCAAAUCGCACCACCUGAAGGCCCACCUGAACACCCACUACCGCGGCGGAUCCUCCUCCUCACCAAACACAAGCACCACCAACAACAACAACCACCUGAAGAGCAGCUGCUCCGACCCUACUCCCGCCGCGGACUCCGUCACACCGAUGGACGAAGAUGACGCCAUGAUGAGCGCGUCCAGCGACUUCCGGCUGGUGGACGACGACGACGAAGACGAGGAGGAGGGGUCUAGCGAUGGUGGCGUCGUGAACCCAUUCGGUCAGCUCGUCAACAUUGGCGACUACAUGAUUGCGAAGGCGACGGCGGCGGUCUCCGAAGAUGCUGGAGGCGGGACGGAUGUUGGGGACGACCCGUUGCUGAACGUGGUGACGGUGCUGGCGGCGAACCAGGUCGCCGGGCUGGUUGAAGGGGACUACGGCAAUAUCCGGAUCAUUAGUGGAUCGGUCCGCGAAAUGUCCCGCUCGGUUCAAUCUGUCUCGGCCUAUAAGGCGCGCCGGAUGACCGCCUGCAGGUGAGUACUGCAUUGUUUGCUGAUUAUAGUUUUCUAUGAAUUGUAUUUAUUCUAUAUGAUAAGGAAGUGUUCUU